AUGACAACUAGUCAAGAGUCUUUAAGACCUGUCCUAUAUCCACUCUUAGCCAAGCAACGCAAAUGGUAUCUCUCCUUCACUUGUGCAAGCAAGGUCUACAAACCAAUGCGGCUCCACUCAUCAAGGAAGGCCGAAGAGAGAAUUAUGCAGCAUUUACCAGUUAAAAGCAAUCUUCUUGAUUCAGAUUCUGAGACAACCAAGUUUGGCUUUGGAGGUCAUGUGCAGCCCCUUUGCCCAAAACCUCGCCGCAUUGGACCUGCCAUUCCUGAGUUUCUCAAGCCCCUCAAAUGCAACAAACACAGCCAACCCAAUUCUGAUGGGAGAAGUGGAGCUCUGAACAUGAUUGCUGAGAAGACAAUUGAUGGAAGAGAAUCAGCUUGCACCGGCUGCUCGCCAUCCUGUUAUGCAGGGUCACCUCCAGGGAGAACAGGCAAUCCCUUGGUUCAUGACGUCCACUUCAUUCAUCAAAUGGAGCUUCUGUCACCCUUCACUCGAACCAAGCUUUCAGAUAAAUUUGGCAUCUCCUCUGCCUCUCCUGUUUGA